CUGUGCGGUCAUGCUGUGGUUGUUCCGCUGCUGAGAGACAAAACGAUUCAGAUGCCCUGAAACAGAAAACCACUCUGGAGCAAACAUAAGGAAGUUGCCUGUCUCAUCCACUCAAUGUUUAAAAAACAACAACAACAAAAACUCAAGUCUAGCACUGCCAUACAGAAAGAGCUGAAAUGGAAGAAUGGGAGGAUCCCCCUUCUUUAGGACCCAUAGAAGCCAAAGAGAACGCCUCAUCACCAAUAGCUAACAGAUCUUGUGAGAAUCUGGAAUGCUACAUGGUCCUCAUGAAGGCAGAGCAGACAGCCAUUGGCUCCAUCUGUUUCUUGGCAGGUCCUGUCACACUGCUGGAAAAUGCUCUUGUGCUGGGAGUGAUCGCAGCCACAGCCACCCUGCGGCAACGGCCUUCAUAUCUGUUCAUUGGCAGCCUUGCUCUAGCUGAUGUGUUCGCCAGCUGCUUCUUCACCACCAGCUUCCUGGACUUUCACCUCUUUCACCGCAUGGAUGGCCCCAAUGCCUACCUCUUUAAAUUGGGUGGCGUCACCAUGGCCUUCAGUAGCUCAGUGGGGAGUUUGCUGCUCACUGCACUGGAUCGUUACCUCUGCAUCCACCAGGCUUCCAGCUACAAGGUGCUGCUGACCCGCCGGCGAGCCCUGCUCAGCCUGCUAAUCCUCUGGAGCGUCACCAUCUUCAUCUCCUUCUUGCCUCUGAUGGGUUGGAGGUGUCCCACAAAGCUCAAUCCACCCUGCUCAGACCUGUUUCCCUACAUCAACCAGAGCUAUCUGGCUUGCUGGACCAGCUUCAUCCUGGUGCUUCUGGCCCUAAUUUUGGGAUCUUAUGCUCUCAUCCUGUGGAAGGCCCACCGCCAUGAGUCCUCCAUGUCCAGCCUCCAGGGAGCAGCUGGGACAGGUCAUGCCCGCAUGAGGAUGGAUAUCCGGUUAGCACGUACCUUUGGCCUGAUCCUACUCAUACUAGUGGGCUGCUGGCUUCCUGCACUCUCCUUCAUGUUAGCUGAUGUCGCUGUGCUCCUGACCCACACCCAGCAGAGGGCCUUCGCCUUUUGCAGCACCCUCUGCCUGGUCAACUCUGCAGUCAACCCACUGCUGUAUGCACUGCGCUGUCGAGAGCUAAGAGUCUCCCUACUGCAGUUGCUACAGAGGCUGUGUGAGAUUGGUAGGUGUAAAAAAAUCACAGAGGACUUAACCCCAGGAUUACCCUCCACAGAAGACAUCAACUGUACUGCCAUCUCUGAGGAUGAGAUGCCCAGGACCAGAAGCACCCGACUUAACUCGGUCUCGGAGGUGGUGAACAAUCAGCAGCUGAACAUCGCAAAAUGAGUAGAAAUAGCUGCACAGAUAGAGAAGUAUCUGUGUUUAUGGCAGCACGCUUAGGGUGUAGAAACAGACAUAAUAGAGAGCCUCACUAUAGCUUAAGAAUCAAGUCUAAAACACCUAUGAGCACAAAUCACUCUCAACAAAUUUUAAUGCUGGCAACCUUGCCUUUUUGAUGGAGGCUACUGUGGUAAAAGCCACUGUUAAGACUAUUAAACAUAAUGACAGGUAAAGACAAUAUACACUGAAAAGACAGCUUAUAAGGAGAAAACAUCACCUUUUGCAAAUAUUGUGUCACCAUUAUACAUGACUUUAAUCAAAACAGUAAAUAUGAUUAACAUGGUGUAAUUUAAUUUUUUUUACAGACUAGUAAGAGAUUUCAGUGGAAAUAAAGCUUCCAAUCUCUAGGCUUUAAUUUAGGCCAGGCAAACGGUCUAGUGUAUGUUGGGCUGUUUUAAGAGAGAUGAUGUAAUGUGGCCAUCUGACCUAUAAUCUUUGACCUUUCUGCCUCGCAUGUCAGUGCUUUAACACUCACACAUUCCUAUUACACACCGUGUCCUCUGAAGUGAAGUGCUGACUUCACCACGCGGUAGAAAGGUGGAUCUGUUGUCCGUAUGGUUGUUUAUGUUUGGGGGUUUGUCCCUGAGCGUGCAGCCACAGAGGACCCUGUGGCUUGCCUAUCCUAUCUGCACAUGAAUGCCAGGACUGCACAAAGGCCCCAUGCACGGGAGGAUUUCACACAAUGUUCACCACAUGAAUCCAAGCAGUGUGCCGAGGUGAACGGGAUGCAUGCCAGGAAGAGAACGAGCGCAGACACUAGAACACUCUUUGCAACAGUCACAACUGGCAGCUGCAGUGAAGCACAGACUGACAUUCACGUUAACUCACAGGCACACAUCGGGCAACAAAAUAGAGAAUCACAAGAGUCCUACAACACCUGUUGAUUUUAGGUCACUGGAUACUAGA